AGUUUCCCACCGGAAAUGACUGACAUGCAUUUGCUGUCAUGUGAUAAACAUUUUUCACAGCACUGAAGUGCGGCGUAGCGUUCGGUUUCCCCAAACUAAGAAAUGUUUCUCUGCCACAGCCUGCUAAAUUGCAGUUAGCUUCAGUUAUGGAAGUGACUGACAAUAGCUUAAUGUAAACGUGUAUAUUUCCGUUCAAGUGUUGAAGAAAAUUCACGGAUAUAACUAACGUGUUUGGAACCUGUCUAUCACCAGCACCAUGGAACCCACAGCCUCUGGAAUGUUCUGUAACAGAAUGCUCAGUAUGGUAAACGCGGAGGAUGUCAACGCCAUCAUCCAAGCCCAAAGGCACAUGCUGGACCGCUUUGAGAAGACCAAUGAGAUGCUAAUCAACUUCAACGGGCUGUCCAACGUGCGGCUGCUGCAGAUGAAUGAACACUUCCUGCUUCACACGCGCACCCUGGUGGAGAUGAAGAAAGACUUGGACAGCAUCUUUAGGAGAAUCAGGACGUUAAAGGGCAAGAUCGCCAAGCAGUACCCAGAGGCCUUCAGCAACGUCCACGAGUCGCCUAUCCUGGAGGAGGACGACGACGAGUUUGAUCUCAUCCCGCCCAGCGUUGCCGCGACGAUCACCACUGCCAUGUCGGAGCAGAGCACAGAGUCAUGUGACACAAGCCCCGACGUCAUUUCCCCAACCGUGAGCCGGUGUUCCGAAGACCUAUCCCAGGAGCAGGCCGACACGCCUACGUCUGACCCAGCCCUGCCUAGCCCUGAGAUGGGCGUGCUGAGGGAUGAGGGUCCGGACUCGGUGCCUGCAGAGUAGAGCCUUCGUAACCCAGGCCUAGAGCUCUACUUAGUACUUGCAGGGUAGAGCCUUCGUAACCCAGGCCUAGAGCUCUAUUCAGUGCCUGUGGAGUAGAGCCUUCGUAAACCCGGCCUAGGGCUCUAUUCAGUACCUGCGGAGUAGAGCCUUCGUAAGCCUGGCCUAGGGCUCUAUUCAGUACCUGCAGAGUAGAGCCUCUGUAACACAGGCCUAGGCCUUGGGUUGGCUCAGUAGCUGUAGAUUAGAUACUCCUAUAUACAAAAGUAUGUGGACACCCCUUCAAAGUAGUGAAUUCGGCUAUUUCAGCCCCACCCUUUGCUGACAGGUGUAUAAAAUCGAGCACACAGCCAUGCAAUCUCCAUAGACAAACAGUGUCAGUAGAAUGGCCUUACUGAAGAGCUCAGUGACUUUCAACAUGGCACCGUCAUAGGAUGCCACCUUUCCAAGUCAGUUCAUAAAAUGUCUGCCCUGCUCGAGCUUUCCCGGUCAACUGUAAGUGCUCUUAUUGUGAAGUGGGAACGUCUAUGAGCAACAAAGGCUCAGUUGCAAAGUGGUAGGCCACACAAGCUUACAGAAUGGGACCGCCGAGUGCUGAAGCACGUAGCGCUUAAAAAUAGUUGAAACACUCACUACUGAGUUCCAAACUGCCUCUGGAAGCAACGUCGGCACAAGAACUGUUCGUUGGGCACUUCAUGAAAUGGGUUUCCAUGGCCGCACACAAGCCUAAGAUCACCAUGCGCAAUGCCAAGCGUCGGCUGGAGUGGUGUAAAGGUUGCCACCAUUGGUCUCUGGAGCAGGAGAAAUGCGUUCUCUGGAGUGAUGAAUCACGCUUCAUAUCUUGUAGUCUGACGGAAGAAUCUGGGUUUGCCGGAUGCCAGGAGAACGCUACCUGCCCCAAUGCAUAAUGCUAACUGUAAAGUUUGAUGGAGGAGGAAUAAUGGUCUGGGGCUGUUUUUCAUGGUUCGGGCUAGGCCCCUUAGAUCCAGUGAAGGGAAAUCUUAACACUACAGCAUACAAUGACAUUCUAGACGAUUCUGUGCUUCCGACUUUGUGCCAACAGUUUUGGAAAGGCCCUUUCCUGUUUCAACAUGACAAUGCCCCCGUGCACAAAGCGAGGUCCAUGCUGAAAUUAUUUGUCAAGAUUGGUGUGGAAGAACUUGACUGGCCUGCUCAGAGCCCUGACUUCAACCUCAUCGAACACCUUGGGAUGAUUUGGAACCCCAACUCCGAGCCAGUUCUAAUCGCCAAACAUCAACGCUCGACCUCACUAAUGCUCUUGUGGCUGAAUGGAAGCAAAUUCCCUCAGCAAUGUACAUCAUCUAGUGGAAAGUCUUCCCAGAAGAGUGAAUGCUGUUCUUGUAGCAAAGGGAGGCCCAGCACCAUAUUAAUGCCCAUGAUUUUGCGACAAUAAGGUGUCCACAUACUUUUGGUAAUUUAGUGUAGAAACCCCAAGCUGCAGCAGAAGGUCAAUGUGAUUGAUUCGCUUUUGAGUUUUGACCCGCUAUCUGGCUAGUCAAGUCUGACUGCUGUUCACCUGUAACCGCCAAGACUCUUAAGAGUACAAUGUACAUCCCUUUUGAAGAUAUGCUUGUCCAGCACUCUCCCCUAAGCAUUGAAGAAGUUACUUGAAUUGGUGUUGUUUUGAACAACUGAAUCCUUUACUGCUGACCCAGGAGGACUGCCCCCCCCAGUUAUUCAUUGUUUGUGUACACAGGAGAGUCUCUCUCUAUCAUUAUGUGUUUAGCUUGGAAAUAUUGUACUCCUUUAAUGAGAUGGUGAACUCUGGGCAUGGGCAAGCCUAUUGUGGAAGCCAGCUUUUAAUCAAUGGUUAAGGCCUGCCAAAAUAUGUUUUUGUUUUUGAGUAAUACAUACCUCAAAUGUGGUUUACCCUACUGAAAACAUCACACCGCAAAUAGACUUUGUUUUUAAACAUGUAAAAUGUGAGUUGCUCCGUAGAAGAGUUCAUUCAGUAUUAUUGUUCUCCAUUGCUUCUCAGAUAUGCUAUUUAAUUUUGUUGGGAUAACUCGAGCUCAAGUACUAGGCUACAUUGUAAAUGAUCUCUCGAUUUUAAGUGGCUAGCUGAAGCUCUAAGUGUUUAUCAGUAUCAAAUCGGGAAAAUGUUGUGUAUUUACUUGAAUUGCUGAAGUAUAUGAAUUGGUUUGUUUAACAGUUAAAUUAUUAAAACAUGACAACUCA